AUGGUUCGUUUAAAAAGUAGAUACAUUUUGUUUGAGAUUUUAUAUCCAAAUAGUGAUGAAAAUGGGAAAAUGAUAGAAUCGAAAUCAUCACUUCGAAAAGAUAUUUUAUUACGUCAACAUAGAGUUUCGCCACCUGAAAUUUCAAUAAAGACAAUCAUACAAGAAAUACGACGUUCGUUACAGUUAAAUUUCGGAGAUUAUGGAUCUGGCAAAGUAAGUUCUUUAUUACAAUCAAAAUAUUUCUCAAACAUGACAUCUACGGGAAUAAUCAGAUGUCAUAGAGAAGAUUGUGAUACACUUAUAAUGGCCCUCUUUUUCAUUAAUAAAAUUGGUGACAUUGAUAAUUUGAUUAUAAAUCCUGUUAAAGUUAGUGGGACAAUAAAGAAAAUUGAGGAAUAUUCUAUUAGAAGAAAUAAGAAACUUGCCAAUAUAAUGGAUAGAGAUCAAAAAUCAUUCAUCGAUGACUAUCACAGUGUUAGCGAUGACGAACCAAGAGAAGAUUGA